ACCCAUACAGAACCACUGCACAUUUCACCUCUGCACUUCUCUCAUGUCUACAUUAGUCUCUUUGAAAAAUGCAGCAGAACUAUACAGAAAACUGUAGCAUGUCACACUUCAGAUAUCCACUUUUUACUUCCACAUACAGCGUUAUACUUCUCUUCGGCUUGCCUUUAAAUUCGAUCUCUCUUUGGAUUUUGGUUUGUCGAAAUGGCUUGAGACAAUCCGUUCCUGUGAUCUACAUGGCCAACCUGGCAUUAUCAGACCUUCUUUUCAUCCUUUCCCUGCCCUUUCGGAUUAUCUACUUCGCCACGGGCCGAUGGACUCUGGGAAAUAAGCUGUGCAUGAUUUCUGGGACUCUCUUUGCUGUCAACCUGUACUCCAGCUCUUUGUUCAUCACCCUCAUCAGUGUGGACCGAAUGUUGGCUGUGGUGUACCCGCUGAGAUCCCGCCCUCUCCGAACAGCACCUGUAGCCUGGGGGCUUUGUGCGACCGUUUGGGUGCUCAUCGCUGCAUUAGCAGUGCCGACAGCUAUAAAUCACCCUGAAAAUGUGGAUAAAACCUGUAACAACGUGACACGUUGUUUCGAGAACUACACAGACAGCGAGUGGAAAAGGGGUUUUUACAUCCUCUGCUUUGUCACUGUUUUUGGGAUUUUGAUACCGUUUAGUAUCAUUCUAGGUUGCACGAUUGCAGUCGUGCGGCAGCUUUGUGGCUACAGCAUGCCAACUUCAUCCAGUAACGCCGAGAUGAGCAAAAACAAGGUAGUGAAGCUCUUUCUGUCCAACCUGCUCAUCUACACCGUGUGCUUUAUUCCCUUUCACGUAGCUUUCAUCCUCUUUGCCCUAAACAAAGUUAACUAUCUACAAGGAAAUACUGAGAAAUACUUUCGUUUGCAAACCGUUACAAUGUGUAUGGCCAGCACAAACAGCUGUCUGGAUCCCUUGAUCUACUAUUUCAGUUUAAAGAAACUUCAAGAUCGAACUAGGUGCAAUUCGGCAACAAAAAACGUUGGGCUCUGCCUCGUCCAGAGCACGAGUUGGACCGGCCAGUAAAAUGCAGAAGACUGCAUGUCCAAACCCAAAGGAAUGACAGAUUUCUUGUAUUGUAAAUAAGCUAUUUGUGGAAAAGUGGUACUCAGGGCAACAUUACUGUAUGUUGACCCUGGGACAACAUUUUAACCAACCAAUCAGAUUUCAGAAAUAACUUUACAGUUUGUUUCAAGUUUAAGCUUACAGCCAGGAUAAGGUGCUUCUUGACCAUUGUUUUUCACAUCCCUCUGACUUUAGGGGUUAGUUAUUGUUAGGGUUGGGUUUAAGUUUUAUUUACAAAAAAUUUGUCCUUGGGUCAACACAUUAUGUUGCACUGAGGACAUCUCUCACUUGGCAAAAACAAGUUGAGUGCAAAAAGCUAAGCUUUAUACACUGCAAAAUAAAAAAAAACUUUCUUAGUAUUUUUUCUUGUUUUCACUCCAAAUAUAUAAAAAUCUUAAAUUAAGAUGCAUUUUCUUAAUGAGCAAAAUUAUCUAAGAAAAUAAAUCUAGUUUUUGGACAAAAAACAUGAUAUUUAAUUAAAUGUGUGCUUCUUUGAAUCUGCAAAUGUGGUAAGAACUUUCUUAAACACUUAAUUCAAGAAAAAAAUUCUUAGCCCAUUGGCAUUUUUUUUGCUUGUUUUGUCUAAAUGUUAGACUUAUUUUGCUCAUCAAAAAGUAUUUUUAAAUAUUUCUACUGAAAACAAAACAAAAAUUCUAAGAAAGUCAUUUUUUGCAGUGUAUCUGUUGAAUAACAUGUGAAAAAGUGGAUACCCUAAAAUGUAAACUUUGGAUAUCGUUGAUGUCCUGACUGUGAUCUUUGAAGAGGGACGUUGAGCUGAACAUGUGUUAAUAUUUAUCAUCUCCCAUCCCAUCUUGUACUGAGAAACAUGAACUCUCAUUACUUGUUGUAAAUGUUUGCGUCAUCAAAUCCGCUCGCUUUUGUUAUUCCUCCAGCAUUACAAUUCACAUUAAGCAAUGCAACCCUUUAUUUUGUAAUUGUGUUUCAGUAAGUCUUUAAGAUUCAUACUUGAACUUUUGUAUCUCAGGUCACGUGUCAUUUACUUAAAAUUGCAAAUAGGCUUUGCAGAACGCAUAGCUUUAUUUAUUUUAAGCAUUGUAUUUUUUUGGUAAAAAUAAAUUUUGCAAGUAAAAUGUUA